AUACUAAAACCAGUCCUCCAAAAAUCACAGAGAAAAAUGGCAGAAGAGAGCAAGAAAGGGUAUUUUCUAAACCCUAGUUCUAAAACCCUAAAAUCUUCCAUAGAUGAGGGGAAAUCAUCUACUAGUAGUGGUACAGCAAAGAAAGUGCUUGUUAAGAGUGCUGAUAUGAAAGAAGAUAUGCAAAAAGAAGCUAUCGAUUGUGCUAUCUUGGCAAUUGAGAAACAUGGAGUGGAGAAGGAUAUCGCUGAGUAUAUAAAAAAGGAUUUUGAUAAGAAACAUGGACCUACUUGGCAUUGUAUUGUUGGCAGAAAUUUCGGUUCAUAUGUGACCCAUGAGACACAUCAUUUUGUCUACUUCUACUUGGAUCAGAAAGCAAUCUUGUUAUUCAAGUCCGGGUAAAGAAAUAAUGUCUUUAUUAGGAAGAUUAUACAAAGUUAUUGAAGAUGGUGAAUUGUGGUGGAUGCUUUCCUGUAUGUGUUGUGCGUAAUCUGUAUAUUCAUACUCUUAACUGGACAUCAAACUUUAUCAAUUAUCUGGUUUUUAUUGUAUUAUUAAACUUGUGAUUAUGAAAUGAGAACUUUAAAGAGCAAGUUAGUUUGGCCAAAUCAACAUGGGCUAGUUUUUGCUCAUUGCAAACCA